GUUUGUAUCUGUUGUUCUGAUACUCACUCCGACCCCAAAUUACAUCCUAUAGAUAACAGUUUAUCUUCCGGAACGUAACCGCUUCGCUUAUAAUGUAUUCCACUCCAUCCUUUGUCAUAACACUUUAUAAUUUUUUGUGUUUACAUGUCGGUUGGAUAUAGUGGAAAUUUACAUGUCAGCUCUGUCAUGGAGGAAGGAGGUUCUGUGUAGUGUAUAAACACCACAGGAAAGAGGAUCACUGGUAUCAGAGACGACACUCUAGUGAAGGCUGUUUGUGGUUGUGAUUUCCUUCCUUUACUUCAUAGCCCCAGCCAACUUUGCUGCAUUGCUUGUAGAUAGCUGUCACCCAAUACGUGAAGGGUGAACAGUUUGUGCCAAAUGACUGCAGAGAGCUAUUAGCGGUUUGUGAUUGUGCUUGUAGAAACAGCUGUAUAAAGAUAAACACACCUCUGUGAAGGAGGGAUUGAUGCUACAAGCUGAGAAGAGACUAACACUGGGAAGAAAUAUAUCUAACUCUGUCCAACUUAGGCAGUAGUCUUGCACUAUAAGGCUGGAAUUAAACUUUCUAUUUUUAGCGCCAAGGCUGAAUUUUAACAUCACAGAGCGCAACAUCCCAUGGUAUUAUGAGGCCGAAACGAGCUGUCAUGGCAACUGCAGGGUUUCUCAUGAGCCUCACCUUGUUGUUAUGUCUAAGAGAGGACGUCUUAGGCGGAAACUUCAAGAGAAAUGUGAGUUUUAACAACAUGUUCAGCCCAAAGGUGAGCGUCUUCCAUGGCAUGCAACCGAGUUCGGUUGAGCUGAGUUGUUACACACUCAAUAACUCAUGGGCUGUUGGGGAACUCAAACGAGUCAACCUCGAGUGUCGGAAGCACUUCCCCCAGGCUCUCAUCAUUGGAGCCAAGGGUUGUGGAUCUUCAGUUCUCAGGAACCUCUUAGCUGUGCAUCCAGGGGUAGCGACCCCAAUGCAAGACUCAAACUUCUUCUCGACUUACUACUACAGAGAUUUGGCAUGGUACUUCAACUGGAUGCCUCACGCCACUGAACGGCAAGUCACCCUAGAGAAGUCAUCUGAAUAUCUCACCUACCCAGGUGCAGCGGAAAGAAUCUCAAAGGAUCUACAUGAUGUUAAAGUUAUUGCGUUAUUAUGCGAGCCAGUGAAAAGAGCCUUCAAUGGAUACUUCCAAACCAAGGGGGACGAGUACCUCUUAAACCGCACAGACAACACAAUAUUAAGUCCUAAACAAGCAAAUGAUAAAGUUGCAGUCCAAAAAGCAUGGGAUGAUUAUGCGAGAGGUAAUCCUACUAAAUACCUAAGGAAGAGCACUUUUCAGAAGACAGUACUUGACAAAAGAGGAGAAAUUGUACAAGAUUCUCUUUAUAUUGACAAAGGGAUCUACGCUAAGCAUAUGAAACAAUGGGUUCAACAUUUCCCGAAACAGCGUAUGCUUAUAUUGGAUGUAGACGGAGACUCUAUUCUCAAACAUCCUGUCCGGCUUCUAAACAAAGUCGAGAAGUUUCUGGGAUUGUCUUCAUACUUUCAUGAAGACAAUUUCCUCAUUGAUAAAAAAACUGGCAUGAACUGUUUAGCAAAACCCUUCGGCGCCUGUAUGGAUUUAAACAGCAGAGGGCGCCCUAAACCACAGAUGACCAAAGUAAUCCAAGACAAACUUUCAGCUUUUUAUAUACCUCAUAAUGAAGAUCUAAAAAAGUUAUUAAAUAUAACACUGAUGUAUCAUUAAGGAAAUUUUGUUUAAUUUCUUGAGAUACUUAAUGCGGGUUUCAAAGUUGUGUAUCGUGAUAAAUUGUUACUGGGCAAUCAUAAAGCGUAACAAUUUUCUGCUAUAUUAGCAGAAAUGAGCAGGACAAUAGAUAUAGAUUUUACAUUAUGUCACAAUAUAGUUUCUGGCUGGUAUCCUUAUUCUGGUAAGCAUCGUUUUGUUGUACUUAAUUUCAUUUUGUGCUUAGCAGCUUUAUGGUAUGGGGCCCUGAGCUGAUGUAAAUUGGAUAAACCUGUACUAAGUAAUGGUCUAUGUUUAAUAAAUAAAUCCACAAAUAGUUUGUUAAUUGACAUGAUAUGUGAUAUAAUUAAAGGUGGUGUAUACUUUUGGUAAUUGUAAAAGACCAGUACUUUCACUUGUGUAUCCCAACAUAUGUUACAAUAACAGCGCAAAUGGUUAUUGAAGUUGAACAAAUAAAAUGGAGAAGAAAUACCUUUUUGCCUUUCAUGAAAGUCUGAACUGAAAGCCUUUCUCAGAUUCAAGUAUGAGGUUGAAAGUUACCUAUUUCUCUAAAACCACACAUUACUUCAAAAGGGGUAGUUUCUAUUACAAUGUUUUAUAAUAUCAACAGCUUUCAAGUGCUCUUUCACUUACUUGUUACAAAAAGUACACCCUGCCUUAAGCACUGUCGAUACAGGGAGUACCACAACGGCCUCUCAGAUUAAUUUUGUUUACAAUUCUUCUGGAACUGCAUGCUUUGUGGAAACUUAAACGUAUUAAUAUGGCCACAUCAACUAACGCCAAAGCAAAUCAGUAAAUUUGAUCGGAGGAUUGAAAGUCAUGCGGCAUUCAUGUCAUUUACAUGUACAUGACAGGUUUGAAUGCUAUUAUGUCCUCUGUGCAAUACUAUCCGGAGGACAUUAUUGCAUAUGCAAUA